AUGGCCGAAUCGCACCACGAUAUCCAAAGCAUACUCGCUGCAUUAGCUGCCCAGCGCCCGCCUGCUGGAGCUUCAUCGCAAACUCCGCCUGGUCCGCCGGGACAGCCAUACCCUCCUCCAUCCUCAUCUGCUCAGCCUCCUCACUAUCAAGCUUCUCCUUCAGGCGGCGCCCCUGCCUCCGGUGGUCCGCCUGGCCAUGGACUCCCAGCCCCAGCAUCCAGCGGCAACGUUGAUCUGAGCGCCAUCCGUCCAGUCACCUCGGGCACCGUGAAUUUCGAUGACGUCGUAUCCAAGGCACGGGCAUACGCUGCCGACAAUGGCGCCACGUCUUACGAUCGACCACUCGUCUACGGCACGGAGUCUCGUAGCAACGACCGUAAUUAUCGACGUUCGAGGUCCCGAUCCCCUCGUGGAGAGCACAGAGAUGACCGUCGGGGCGGCGUUGGCCGCGAUUAUGGCCGAGAUCGCUCCUACUCGCCGCCUCCUAGAGGUCGCUUCUCGCCUCGUGGAGGUGGGGGCGGGGGACGGGACAGAUCGCCGCUGCGCGGAGGAGAUGACAAUUCAGAGACGAUCCAAAUCGAGUCCAGCCUUGUGGGCUUGAUCAUUGGUCGACAAGGCGAAAACUUGCGUCGUAUCGAGGCGGAUACAAAUUGCCGCGUGCAGUUCCUUGCUGCAACUGAUGGCGGCCCCUUCCGCCAGUGCAGAAUUUCGGGUCCACGACCGCGUCGUGCUGAAGUCAAGGAUGCCAUCAACCGAAUCAUAGAGGACAGUGGCAUGGGUGCCUUGAACCGGCCCGCCCAGGAUAAGAAUCGUGACCCCAAGGGUGGCGCGGCCGCGCUGCGAGAUGGUGAAGACCACAUGCAAAUUAUGGUCCCUGAUCGGACCGUCGGUUUGAUCAUUGGCCGUGGAGGCGAGACCAUUCGCGAUCUUCAAGAAAGGUCCGGUUGCCACAUCAACAUCGUAGGAGAGUCGAAGAGCGUGAACGGAUUGCGCCCUGUCAACCUCAUCGGCACGGUGGAGGCUGCCGCUCGUGCCAAAGAUUUCAUCAUGGAGAUCGUGGACAGCGACACUAGAGGUGAUGGUCCUGCUGCAAAGAAGGCCACUGCUGUCGCUGUCCCUCGUUCUGAACCACCACCCAGGGAUGUUGGUGGCAGUGCUGGGUCGGACAAGGUCAACGAUUCCGUCCAUGUUCCGUCCGAUGCCGUUGGUAUGAUUAUCGGCAAGGGCGGUGAGACGAUCCGGGAGAUGCAGAAUUCCACCGGAUGCAAGAUCAACGUGGCCCAGUCCUCUGGGCCGGGCGAGACUCAGAGAGAGAUUGCCCUCAUUGGUACUCGGGAUAGUAUCGCUCGUGCCAAACUUGCCAUCGAAGAGAAGGUUGAUGCCGUGAGACAAAAGAGCGGAAGCGGCGGUCCUCCGCGCGGCCGUGGACACCAAGAUCUUGACCGGCCUUCGUAUUCGCAAGGCCCUGAAACGUCGUCUGCUAACCCACCACCAGCCUCUUCCGGAGACGCGUCAGACCCGUACGCCCAAUAUGGCGGAUACCAGAAUUACGUUGCCCUGUGGUACCAGUCCCUGAUGUAUCAACAACAACAGCAAAAUGGCGACGGGUCCCCCGCUGGUGCCCCAGCUCCCCGCUCUUAA